AUGCGGGGCCUUUGGGCCUUCUGCUGUUCCGCCCUCGCUCUGCUGUUCCAAGGGCCCUCCAGUGAGGCCUUCCUGAGGGCCCCCGUGGUCCCUCACAGGGGGGCCCCCUCUGUGCCCGUCAGGGUGAGAGGCCCCCUGGCUUAUUCAGUUUAUGGGCUGACGGGGCUUCUCCCUAUGCAGAAGAAAGAAAGUGUCUGCAUCUGCACGUCGCAGCUCAGUUUCCGCAACAGUUCUCACCUUGCUGCUGCUGCGCCAGCAGAUACUGCAGCACCAGCAGCAGCAGCAGCAGCAAGCCCAGCUGCUCCCAGCAACUCGCCUGGAGCAAGCACAAAAGAGCCAGCAGCAGAGCAGGAUUCAGAGCGGGCCUUGUCUUGUGAGUUUGCGGAUGAAUUGAUAGAGAGCUUUGGACAGUAUGCCAUCUCCACAAUUCACUCGAGGGCCCUUCCCGACACAAGAGAUGGGCUAAAACCUGUUCACCGCAGGAUUAUAUAUGCCAUGCAGGGAAAUUGCUUGUGGGCGGCGAGCUGCUGCAGCAACUGGGUCUCAGCCACGCUGGGCCCUUUAGAAAGAGCGCGAGAGUGGUUGGGGAGGUGCUGGGUAAAUUUCAUCCUCACGGAGACAAAGCCGUAUACGACGCUCUCACUGGCGCAGCCAUUUGUUUACCAGCUGCCGCUCAUUGAAGGCCACGGGAACUUCGGCUCUGUUGACGGGGACCCAGCAGCUGCAAUGCGCUACACAGAAUGCCGGCUAUCUGCUUUCUGCCAGGAUGUUCUCCUGAAGGACUUGCACACCUCCGCCUGCGGCUUUCGCAGCAACUUCGACGCCACAGAGGUGGAGCCCGACUUUUUCCCUGCACGGUUGCCGUUGCUACUGUUGCAAGGAACUGCUGGAGUAGCUGUGGGCCUCUCUACAAGCCUCCCCCCACACAAUCUCAGCGAAGUGGUCGCCGCAUGCAUUGCUCUGAUUGACAACCCGCGCAUUUCAGAUGCUGCUCUUUACCGGCUGCUGCCCGGUCCAGAUUUUCCCACGGGGGGCCUACUAGUGCAGCCGCCUGAGGCCAUUGCAGCAUACAGGAAGGGCCACGGAUCUGUGCGGCUGCGGGCCCGAGGCUUUGUGGAAAUGAAGGAGAAGCAGAACCCUGUUACUUCUGCUGGAGGUGGCAAGGGACAGAAACAGGGACCAAGCCAAAGUGGAGGGCCACAGAGCUUGCAGAUAGUUGUCACAGAGCUUCCCUAUGGUGUCAAUAAGGUCAGGGGCCCAGUGGUCGGUACCCUAAGCGUUGAGAAUAAGAAUGUUUCACGAAUUGCUUUUAAGGACGUUGAGUUGGUUGAGCAGAGUUCAGUUUUGGGAACUUGUGACUUUUUCAAAGAGCGCCGGGUUCUAUGGUCCGCAGCUUGUGUCGCUCUGUUUGUGGCUCUUGCGUCAGACGUCCGAGACGAAAGCGAUUUCAGUGGCCUCCGCGUAGUGUUUGAACUGCUGCCUGAGGCGUCACCUCGCGAGGUUUGGAGGCAGUUGGUAUCCAGCACAGCGCUUGAGGUGUCUGUACAAUGCAACUUAGUGGCCCUUAAGGACGGAAAACAUCCGCACAGCCUCUCAAUUAGAGACUUACUAGAGUCGUGGCUUCAAGCUCGUUUGAGAGCCGUGAGAGCCCGCACGGAACGGGAGGAGCAGCUGCUCUUGCAGCAGCAGCACAUUCUCGAAGGCAGCACAAAGGCAGCACAACACUCACGAGAAAUUGUGGAUCUGCUCCAGCGUUGCAGAGACGCGGAAGAGGUGGUCAGCAAGCUCAUGGGACAGCCCUUGGGCUUUACGGAGGUGCAGGCCAAGGGGCUUUUGCGCAUGAAGCUUUCUAGUCUGCUGCAGCUUGAACAGCAGCAGCAGCAGCAGCAGCUCGAAGAGACGCGCCGGAAGGCAGAGAGACUCCGUCGCCUCUUGUCAGAUGACGCUCAGCUCUUCACCCUCAUCAAAGAGGAACUACAAGAAAUAGAUAGGAAGUACGGGGGCCCCCGCAAGACACUGUUUCUUCGAAAAGGUCCCCAAGUUUCAACUAAGAGCCCCGUAGUGGCUAUGCAGCGCUUGAAUCCUGGAGAGGGAGAUGGGCUUGAGACUUUUGACGGCGAAGAGGAGAUAAUAGAAAGUCAAAAAGACAGCAAAAGUUACUUGCUGCUAGUCACGCGCAAGGGCCUCUACAAAAGAGUGUCGGAGGCCUCAAUUAGUCUGCAGUCCAGAGGGGCUACGGGCCAGCGCUGCUUCACCGCAGGCGCGGGCCCAAACCCAGCAAUAAGCCGCUGCACAGUAGGAGCACCCCAGCAGCAGCACCGGCAGGACAGAGGCAGCAGCGACAGUGUAGCAGCAGCAACUGAGUGCAGAGACGGCGACUGGAUAUUGUUCACAUGGAGAGACGGGAGAUGCUUGGCCCUUCCUGGCUCUCAUCUGCAGCGCCACGGACUGAAGACAGUGGCUUCAUUCGUUGCUCUUGGUGCCUCCAAGCGAGGCGUCCAGCGUGCUGCUACUGCUGCAGCAGCAGGACGUGCCGAUGCUGCAACAGCAGCAACAACAGGAUCAGACGGCGAAACUGAAGGACAUCUGGGCUGCGUCGUUCGUGUGGGCAAGGAAGAGAUAGGAGGCCAGCUGGUGGUGGUUACUCAGCAGGGCCUGGUGAAGGCUCUGCCUCUGGGGCUUCUGCUGCCCACAGGGACAAAAAAGAAGAGUCGCACACGGCGGCUGCUGCCCUUGGGACUUGGAGAUGCAGUAGCGGCGUGCGCGGUGGUAAAGAAGAGGCCAACGAAAAGCGACAGAGACGCGCAAGCCAUUAAGGCGGAGACAGAUACGGACUUGGGAACGGGUCCAGAGACAGAGGCAAGAAACGGGGUCCACGAGGAUCCAAACAAAAGCGCGGAGAGUCAAGAACAGACAGAAACAUUGGGAGAAGCAAAAGGAGAAAACGACUACUCCGUUGUCUUAGGCACUGCCUUUGGCCGAGCCCUUCGUUUUCCAUUUAGUUCCCUGCCUCAGGCGAGCUUGUUGUCGCGGGGAGUUAAGGGCAUCACUUUAAGGAAGGAAGACAGAGUCGUUGCUCUUACUGUCGUUCCCCCUAAGGCCGAUCCCGAAGGAGAUUCUCUUGUAGUUCUUACAAAGAAAGGCCGAGGCAAACGGCUGCUUCUCCAGCACCUCUCGCCACAAAGACGAGGAGGCGCAGGCAAGGCUGUGCUUCGACUGGCAAACCGAGAGGGGCCCCCAGGACGGGGCCCCCAAGGCCAGGCCGCUCCGGGGGCCCCCAAGGGCGGGAACUCUCAUGAUAUACCUCCUCAGGAGGAAAGCCAAAAAGAAGCCCCGGAGCCAGAGGACACUCAAGAAGGCGCCUCCGCAGGGGACUCUGAGAAAGGGUCUCCUAGGGAAGAAGCUUCUCGCGAAGGGGCCUCUAAAGAAGGCCUCCAGGGAUGUGCAGGGGCGGAUUUGGCGAACUUGCGGGGUGGCCCCGAGCCAGCAGAGGAGCUGUGUGGUGUUUGGUUUGUGGGAGGCUCCCCAAGGGAAGUUGGAUUGGUGACAGAGCGAGGAAUUGUAUCCCGUCUCUCUGUCUCCUCUAUCCCCGUGUACAGCAACAAACUAGCUAAGGGGGUCUUCCUGCAGAGACUGCGGGAGGCUCCCAAGGCUGCAGACGCUGCUGCCACCGCUGUGCUGCUCAGCGAGCAGCACAAAAGCAAGCAGACGGCACAAACAAACAGCGCUUCUGCUGCGGCGGCUGCUGCUGCUGCUGCUUCUGCUCGUUUUGCUGCUGCAAGGGAGGGUGUGAGCGGCGGAGACUCAGAGGCGCCGACAGUCCAUAGAACUAUCACGUAA